AUGACUACUUAUUUCAAUCAUCCGCCACGUAGCAUAAGUGAUGAAUUGCAUCAUAUCGCUACAAUACUUAUGACUCCAGGCCAUGGUAUACUCAUCACAGACGAGUCUCUUUACCAAUUAGAAAAACAAUUGGAAGUAUUUGGUAUAAGCCGCGGCGAAGCAACUCGCAUUCAGUAUCGCAACAUGCUUUUCUCGACUGGUGAAAAAAUGGCCGACUAUGUCUCAGGCGUAGCGGUGCACCCGGAAGUGUUGGAUCUGACGACAAGCAGCGGAUGUGCGCUCCACUGCCAAUUGCGGCGUAAAAAUAUAUUGGUGGGCGUUACAGUGGGUCGGGGGCUAGUGCCGCUUAUGUGCACAGUCGGAGAGUUCACUACCCAAGGCCUGGAUGGAUUGGGUGGCAAUUGUACGGAAUAUAAAGAUUCCGGUUGUGAUUUUACCAUGUGGAGAGCUCAGUACAAUAUAGGCGAGUUCACACCAUCAUAUCAAGCCAUAAUUGAGAAUGGGAAUACCUUGGCGAAAUAUGCAGCCAUAUCACAAUCAAAACGAAUGCUAGCUAUACUAGAAGUUGAUAUCAUACCGUCGGAUGAUAAUGACUUAGAUCGUGCUGAGAAAGUUGCCGAAACUGUUUUGAUGUUCAUUUAUAAGGCGCUUUACGAUCACCAUGUAGACCUUCAAGGGACAUUGCUAAAAUUGCCUGUGUUGCAUUCGGGCCCUAAGUGCGAUAAACGUUAUUCACCAGGUCAAAUUUCCAAAGCAACGCUGCGCAUGCUAAGGCAAGUAGUCCCGCCGGCAGUAGGUGGCAUUAUUUUGCAAGUGGAUGGUAAAACAGAAGACAAAACGCUAUGCCAAUUAAAUGCUUUUGCGGUCGAUCCAUCCCCAAAGCCAUGGCCAAUAACGUUUAGCUUUGACGGCGGUAGUCAAUCAUCGAUUUGUAUUGCAUGGGGGGGUCAUAAGAAGAAUAUUGAAAGAGCACAAAACGAACUGCUGAAGAUACUUGGAGCUUUUUCACAGGCUGUUCUGGGAAAGUACGCUGCUGGUUCAAUGAAAUCUCUGGCCGAUCAGUGUUACUGUAAAAAGGCGUUAAGAUAUUUUAAAACUAGACCAACUCCACUACCAGAUGAUUGUGUGAAAUAUGAUGAAAUAUGUCGCCCUCCUACUGCUCAAAGUAUGGCCGCGAAGCCCGAACAGCAUGGCCAACCAACAGAAUCGCCAACAGAAAUUGAAGAGGAAGCAAAUUACCCACCGCCUGCUGAGGAUUUAAUCACUGAAAACAGAAGAGAACAGCCUGAUCCACCAAACGAACCACCAACAGAAGUUAAAGAGGAGGAAGCAGAAGCAAAUGGCCCACUGUCUGCUGAGGGGUUAAUCACCGAACACACUGAAGAAUAA